AUGUUCCGGUCCAUAUUCGACCACAACUUCGCCCUGUUUCCGCUACAUCACCACAAUAUUCCGCUCACAAUCCACUACCACAGAAGUCCGAUGCAUUAUGCGAGUCAGAAUACGAUCGUGAAGAAGAAAUGCUGUCUCGAUCAUCUAUUGACACUUACCCGAUAUCCUCACGCUUCAUCAGAUAACCCUCUUACUGUCAGCCUCUCCGACAUGGGUGAUCCCAAUGGUUUUCCCCUCGUAAUAUUUCUUGGGUUGGGGUGCGUCAGGCAUAUAAUGGGUCUCUAUGAUGAAAUGGCGGACUGCUUAGGCCUCCGCCUCAUAACCAUCGACAGGUGGGGUUUAGGCCGCACUGAUACACCGCACCCAAUGCAUGCGGGAGGCAUCUUAGAGUGGGCUCUGGUAGUGGAAGAAGUCCUCGAUCAUUUAAAUAUCGAUCAAUGUAGCGUCAUGGCGCAUUCGGCGGGAGCACCUUACGCUCUAUCAUUUGCAAAUAGGGUCCCAGAUCGAAUUAGAGGCGAUAUAUGUCUGUUAGCGCCUUGGAUAGGAGGUAAUGAAAAUGGGUGUUAUAAGUGGCUGAAGUAUAUCCCAAAUGGGAUAUUGAGGACAGUCCAAGCAGCUGACUGGAAGAUUCAGGCAUGGAUGCUAGGAAAGCCUCCCUCCCUAGCUUACCAAGGAAUAGGAUACACUGUUGCGUCUUCCAAAACGUUCGGCGUGGAACCUAUUUUGUCCGGACAGGCACCCUUGUCUGGGGGGAUUAAUUGCGAUAAUAAUCACUGUGUCUACCCAUCCACUGAAACAGUACGGCGCCCAAGCCUAUGUUCUAGCUCUUUCGGGGAGUAUGACGACUUACACGAUUUCAAUGGUCACUUCGAUAGCCAGGGCUCGCUUGGAACAUGGUCUACGUCACUGCAUAAGAGUGAUUCAGGCAUUGUAACAGAAAGACAUUCAAAAACAAUUCUUAGAAGGCUCAAGUUGAAGGCCGUCUCCACCUCGUUGCCAGCCCAGGCUGAGAAGCCCCCACCAUGGAGCUUCAGAAAAUUGAAGACGCUGCGAUCUGUGGGAUCCCUUAAAGGCAAAUCAUCAACUCCUACCCCCCUUCCGAAAAUUGGAGAUUUACCGUGUCCUGCACAACUUCAGCGUUCUGUAAGCACGAUUAGCAUCAAUAACCUUGGUCUACACACUACUGCCGAGAAAAGCGAUUCUACGAUAUACAAAGCGAGCAAAGUAUUUGAUCCUACCUCGCAAUCCAUUCUACCUCAAAAUCGGCCCUCGAUAACUACAGGUCGCCUUCCGUCAUUUUCUACAUCGUCUACUACUUCAUCGGAUGUUACCACUCGCAGAUCGGACUGUCUGCAGGCUGCACUUGGCAAUGCUCUCCUUGCAGCUUCACAUGCUGAAUCUGCCAAAGGAACGCACAGCGAUCUUUUGCAAAUUUUAAAUCGUGAUCAUAGGCCGUGGGGUUUUUCGUAUUCAUCGUAUCCACACAAAGUUCUCGUGUGGUAUGGAGACAAAGACGACAAAAUCACCGAGGACGCUGUGAGAUGGAUGGAACGAACUAUGAGCGAGGAUAGGUGUCAUGUUAAAGUUGUGAAAGGUGCUCACCAUGCGCUUAUGUACAAUAGCUCAGUGGUAGUGGAUGUCUUAGAACGUAUUAGAGAGUUUUGGUGAUAAGUGUAGCAGUAAAUAGGUGUAAUAUACUGUCACUUCAUUGGUUUAUAUGACGCUGU